AUGGAUAAUAGUGAUAUUGUAAUUUUAUUAAAAAAAAAUAUUAAAUAUAAUUUCGUAAAAAAUAUACUUCUAUCAUCAGAAAAAGAAAAGAUAGAUAUUACAUAUGCAAUAAAUACAGUAAAAUUGCAUAUAAAAAGACAUGUAGAGAUAAAUAAUAAUUUUGUGGAAUUAUUUGUAAAAUUAAUUUUGAACAUGGAAAAUUUAAUUAAUAUGUUAGGUUCACAUUUUGAGGGAACAAAAAAAAAAAAUGUCAGUGAUUAUAUAUUAAAUUUGAGCGAUUUUUUAAAAAAAAAGAAAGAAGAAAAUUAUUUAAAAGAAAAACUAAACAGCGUUGAAAAAAUUAUAAAAAGUAUCACAUUAACACUUUUGAACAUAGAUGAAAACAAGAAAAUAUUGAAAGAACUGUUUUUGUUCUUUUAUUUACUUAUAUUUAAAUUUUCUUUUGAUAAAACCAUGUUUGAGAAAUGUUUAUUGAAAAAUGAGAAUAGCACAAGAUACGAUAGCAGUGGGAGUAGUUCCAGAAAUCAAAUAAAAAAAGAACUAAAUGCAAACAACACAUUUACUACUGAUUGUGUAUCCUUAAAUAAAAUUUGCGAAUAUGAAUGCACACAUUUUUUUGCAAAAGAUACAUUUGUUUCCAAAUUUUACACAAAAAAGGAUAUUCAAAAAAUAAUUAAAAAAUACCUCCUAUAUGAUUAUUACAGUACCAUUAGUUAUAACAAUUUUAAUUUUUUCAAAGAAAUUAAAAUUUUUUUUUUUUUAAUAGCUGUUAUAUAUUAUAUUGAAAAGGACUUGAAAUUAAAAAGGGAAAUUUAUAGUUUAAUUCAGAAUGAAAUUUACAAAAAUGUACAAAGCAUAAAAAAAUGUACGUUAAUAAUACAACAUAAUCCAUAUAUGUGCAAAAUAAAAAAAUUGUCAAAUAUUUUAUUUUAA